ACGAGCCAGGCGGCGCGCACAGCAGGGCAUUCCAGCGCGGCGCGCAAGUGUCGCAGGGCAGUGGUGCGGAGAAAAGUGUGUGAAGAGUGUGUCGUGGCUGGCCAGCGGCUAGCCGAGGGCAGGCCUACCCGAUUAGUCAUGCCUCCUGCCCCGGCCCUCCUCGUCCAGAGCAACUCUUCUCGGACCGUAAAACAAACACAAAUCUCAUCCUCCGCGCCGUCGCCAGCACAUCUUCUCCCCCUCGUGCUCUUCCCAGCCUGCCCAGCACUCUAGCUCUCGGAAUCCUCAGUUGCCGGCGGCGCAUCCCGGGCAUCUCACCACCAACAUGUGCCCCUUCACUUCAUUGCCGGCCGGCGAGGGCCCCAACAGCUUCUCGCCUGCGUCCGUCAAGGACUGGCAGCCGCGGAGGAAAUCCGUCUCCAACGCCUGCGAACGAUGCCGACGGAGGAAGAUACGCUGCGACGGCGACACGCCAUGUGCAACAUGCAAGCGUUUCUCACUGCAAUGUGUUCGGACACAGAAACCGCGCGAAGUAGUCGCAUCGGAACACCAAGCUGCAUUGGAGAAUCGAAUACACCAGCUGGAAGCCCAGCUGGCACGUCAUGUAAAUGCGCCUAUGCACGGCAUGGAGUCCAUUGACCAAAACCUCAUGGCGGCCACACCACCCAGCUUUGACUGGCAGAGCCCACCACCAUUGACGGUGGACACCCAGUUUGCCAGCCCAUUCAGUCCCGACAAUGAGCUGGACCUGGGUAGCUUUUCGGCGGGCACGGCGAGCAGCAUACCGUCCAUCGCAAUCACCGAAUGUGAGCAUAUCCCCAAUGUGGCAUCGCCAGAUUCUCCAGUACCUUCAUUCUGGUCAGGUACCACACGAGCCUCAUCUCCCGAGAUGCCACCGACGUCCGCGCCCCAGUAUCCCCCGAGUGCGGCGUUUCCGCCCGGCGGCAAAUCCUUCACCCCGUCUCCGGGUCCGCCGCAUACGGCGCCGUCCUGGGAGUUCAUGGCGCAAGGCCAGGCCGCUCAGCUGAAGCCCGAAUCAUCACAGAGCGCGCACCCCUCUCGAAGAACUUCCAUAUCUUCAAACUCCUUGGAAAGCGAGGAGCAAGAUGACGACGACGAGGAUGUCGACAUGCUGCCGCUCGCCCCAGCCCCUCGUCUACCACGCCAGGGUAUCUUCGCCGCGCAUGCCGAAAGCCCACCACCGGGCCAGUCUCGCACAAGCUCGAGCUACACAGAUAGAAGCAGAGCAAUGACGGUCACCCCGUUUCCGAGCCGGUUCGAAGCCGAAACCCUGACGUCGGAAUUCGUCCAGCAUCUCGAAUCGCUGGAGCACAAGGCCUACGCCAUCGCCCCCGGCCUUUUCAGCCGCUUCUGCGAGGCCGUGUAUCCCGACCCGAAGAAACGAGGCAUGUCCGUUGACAUCUCCGUCUCCACGCCGAUGGCGCGCUUCCACGUCUUCAUGGCCAUGGCCAUUGGCAUGAAGGUGCGCAUCAAAGACACGCCUGAGAGCACCAACUCAUUGCUCGACACGUGCUACGAGCUGGCCAUGCAGCAGGCCUCUUCCACAACGUUCUGGCAGGAAAAUGGCGGCAUCGAGGCGGCCCAGCUUCUAUCCAUCUUCGCUUCCAUCCGAAAAGAGCCGUUUGCGCCGAAGCCUCUCCAGCCGUCUUUCUCGUGGUGACAGUCACUGCUCGCUCCGGGAGAAGCCAGUCGUAACAGCGUUCGCGUCGUCUCGUUCUGCUCUUGUACAUCCAUACGCAACAUUUUUCGCAUCGUCUUUCGUGUAUAUAUAUGCCAGUUACGACAUCGCAAUAGACUCGAU